AUGGAUACAGGCCAGGGUGCAUUAGCACCUGGGCAGGAAAUACGAAUCGUCAGUGCCUCAGUGGUGGCACAUUUACAAGCCCAAGGAUUACAGGGCAAUGAACUUAAUGCAGCAAUUAUGGCUGCAUCGCAGCCCCAAAGUGCUGCUCAGCAUCAAGUUCAACAACAACUGCAAGCUCAACAUCAGCAACAGCAGCAGCAGCAGCAUCAGCAGCAGCAGCAGCAGCAACAGCAGCAGCAACAGCAGCAGCAGCAGCAGCAGCAUCAUCAGCAGCAGCAGCAGCAACAACAACAGACAGCGGUACAACAACAGGCAGUUGCCCAGCAGCAGCAUGCAGCAGCACAGCAGCAAGCAGCAGCACAGCAGCAAGCAGCAGCGCAACAGCAAGCAGCAGCACAACAGCAAGCUCAGCAACAGGCAGCGGCUGUCGCGCAGCAACAUCAACAGGUUCAUGCUGCUGCACAAUUACAGGCACAGAUACAACAAGUUUCUGCGCAGACACAACCUCAGGUUAUCACUUUACAACAGCUUCAAAAUUUUCUCCCUCAACAUCAACUGAAUACUCUCACAACAGCCGAUGGCACACCAGUGCAGAUGGCUGCAACGGCAGCACCGGGUACAGCUGGAGCGACACCGGUCGGUACACCGGUUAAAACGUUCGUUACCUCCUCGCCACAGAUGACAGGACAUCCGCAAAUUGUCAGUUUGCAAAGCCUGCCGCAACAGUUCUUGCAAGGAGGAAGUCAGCUGAUACAAAACCAGAACGGGCUUUUUCAAAUGAUUCAACCUGUACAAACAAUCAGCCUCGAUGGGCAGGAAGCGCUGUAUGUACCGGCCGGGUUCCAUGCACAACAAGCGCAGCAGCAGCAACAACAACAGCAGCAGCAACAACAGCAGCAGCAACAGCAGCAGCAGCAGCAGCAACAAAUGUUAGCUGGCGCUCAGGCAGUACAGAUUAACGGACAGCCGGCAUAUAUAACCCCUUCUGGACAAAUUAUUCGUGCACCAAACGGUGUUGUGCCAGGAAAUUUCCUUCAGAGCAUGUCUCAGGCAGUGCAAUUACCAGCCGCUGGUCAGGCUACGCUAACCAUUCCGGGCACUAAUAUAACCAUACCCUUGGGAAUGUCAAAUGCCCCUAAUAUACUACAUCAAGUACCACAACAACAACAGCAGCAGCAGGUUCAACAGCAAGUCCAACAACAGCAGCAGCAGCAACAGCAGCAACAGCAGCAACAACAGCAACAGCAGCACCAGCAGCAACAGCAGCAGCAACAGCAACAACAACAAACUCAUCAGCCGACACAACAACAGUCACAUCAAGCAGUUCAGCAACAAAUCGCACAAAAUCAACAACAACAGCAAAUAGUUACUCCACAACAGGCAGUCAUUGCGCAGCAGCAACAGCAAACUGCUUCUGCGGCUAAUCCGCAAAUGCAGCAGCUUCAACAAGCAACAUUCACAAUACCGGGCACGAAUAUUCAGGUGCCAGCGUCCACAAUGGCUGCUCUAAACCAACUGCCGGGGAAUAUAACAACAAUUAAGUUAGAAGGAGGCCAAAACGUACAAGUACGACCAGCAGGCGCCACACUUCCUCAAGUAGUUCAAUUUCCGAUGCAACAAACUAUCCCAGUACAGAUGCCAAUAUCAACAGCGAACGGUCAGACCGUGUACCAAACGGUUCACGUUCCUGUGCAAACAUUCGGCUCUUUGGUACAGCCACAGAUGCAGGUGAUUCCGCAGAUCCCGCAAAUGGCCAACAUCAUCACCCCGAGUGGACAAAUUCAACAAAUUCAACUAACAUCAUUGAAUCCGUUGGCUGGCCUGCAAACAGCUUCGAUGCAUCCCAACAUUAUCCUUCAGCAGCCACAGACGGCCACUCAACAAAUCCAGAACGGUCCAAACGGUCCGGUGGUUGUGAGCACGGCACAAGCUGCAGCAGGGCAGGAUCCUGCUGCUAACCAUUCUCAGCAGCAGCAACAGCAACAAGCUCAACAACAACAAGCACAGCAGCAUGUAGUGUCCCAGCAAAUGGUGGCAGCGGCUGCAGCAGCAGCGUCAGGAAGCAGUCACCAUCCAUCAGGCGGGCAGCAAACGCAACAACAGCAGCAACAAAUAAUCGGUGGACUGUCGCAACCGAUAACGAUCACCCCUGCACCUGGCGGUCCUCAGAUCGGUCAGCCGAUUACGCUGCAGCAGUUACGUCAACAUAUGCCGGGUCUUGCAGGAUUGCAAGCGAUUCCCGUGCAAAACAUACCCGGUAUUGGAAACGUUCAAGUUAUACCGACAAAUUUCAUGCAACCGGUUCAACCGCAAACAGCAGCGUCGCAGCCUCAGUUGAACCCGGUCACUCAAGUAGGGCAGCAUACACAACUACAGCAACAGCUAAAUCUGCAACAGCAGCAUCAGCAGCAGCAACGUGCUAUAGUCGCGGCCCUUCAGCAGGCAACGGCGCGUCCACCAUCAAGUACAAAGCAGGAACCAAACGAACCCGUUAAGAGCUUUGUAAAGCAGGAACCCAUGGCCACACAGUCGGCGACUGCGAGUACUGGAACGACUUUAGCCUCCAGUACUCUCUUCACGUCAGCCGCUGGAGCUCCUGCCCAGAUAGUGGAAGUUCACAGUGGUGUCAGCUUGGCAUCAUUGGGAGUGUCUAACAAUACUACUGCCGUCGCCACUACGACCACGACGACUACAACAUCCUCCCAGUCCAAUAGUGCAAAGCGAGAUUCUGUAGUCGGAUCUCCUAAUCAAACCACCGGUAAUGUUAACAACAGUGUCGGUACCAGUGUUGUUACGGAAGUAGUAGGUAAACCAGGAGGUGUAGCAGCAGGAGUGGGAGCGGUGACAGGAGUACAUACGUCCGUAGAUAUUGAACCUGGUGUGGAUGCUGAAGAAAUGGGAGAAAUAGUAGCACCCGUUGGCACAACGUUAAUCUCGUCGGAGAAGCGACGGCGCCAUACGCUACCGAAGUUAGGCUCAGCCACUCACACUAUGAACGGAACAAUACGGCAACGCGUUCGCCGGGUGGCAUGUACAUGUCCCAACUGUGAAGUAAAGACAAGUGGUCCUCCAGAUCGCAAGAAGCAACACAUAUGCCAUGUUAGCGGUUGCAAUAAGGUAUACGGUAAAACGUCUCACCUGCGAGCGCAUCUACGGUGGCAUACGGGAGAACGGCCCUUCAUAUGUAGCUGGGGCACUUGCGGAAAACGAUUUACGCGUUCGGAUGAACUGCAGCGACAUCGCAGGACACAUACGGGUGAGAAGAGGUUUGAAUGCAAUGAGUGUAACAAGAAGUUCAUGCGAAGUGAUCACCUCUCGAAGCAUAUACGAACACACAGCAAACUAAAACGCGAUCAUGGUUCGGAUGGUUUCGAUAAAUCUGGCGAUGAGCUUGACUACGAGGAGGAAGAAAUUCGUGAAAUUGACGACACUGACUACAAAAUGGAUGAUGAUGACGAUCUGGACCAGGAUAGACAAUCACAUAACUCUUCCUCGGCUGCUGCCUAUGACGCUGACCUCAAGGAUGACAUGGGAUCUAACCACUCUGGAUCGUCCGAUAGCAAUGAUAGUUCUGACCAGAAAAUGAUGAUUACCAUUGGUGCCGACGAGGCGGAACAAGCGUAUGAUUCGAAUUAGUGUGUUUGUACAAUAAUUGUGUUUUGUAUAGGUCGAAUUUAACUUGUUCAUCGCCGCAUCACCCCAAUUUGGAUCGAUUGGAUGGAAAUCGCCUUGAACGUUUUUGACACGGCACUGAACGUAUUAAGCACAGUCGCGGUUUUAUGCCAUGGCGUUUUCUGUUGUUGCUCUUCAACUUCUGAGGUUUUAGUCUGCCAUCUCCGACAUUGUUCGACCUCUUACAGGAGAACGGUCCGAAUAGGAUUUAACUAGACCAUUGGACUACGACAUAGAACUAGAAUAAAAUGAUUUUUAAUCCGUUUUAGCUGUAAACUGAUGGAAUAGGUAUAUAAUUUUACGGCCGAAGAAGAAUCACUUUAACACAUUGCUAUACAAAUUGUAGCUGCUUACAAAGUCUACUCAUACAGGGUUUAGAUGAAUGAAAUCUGAAUCCUCACAUUGAUGAUGGGUCGAUUGACUUAUAAUAAGUCUAGGAAAUCAGCCGUUAAAAGUCAGUCAUGAAAAAGUAGAUCGCUAUGUCAAAUAAUACUUUGCAACUUUACUGUGUAUAUGCAUCGUUUAAAGUAAUGGCCUACUGAAUUCAAUCCACUCUGCAAGAUAUGACAAAUAAUUGGUAUGUCAGAACAUAGUUCACCUUCCACCAGAAAGGGGACAUGUCAGCAACUGUUUCAGCACGUGAAGUUCAUUGGCUGGAUUGUGAAGUCAUUGUAAGUUCGAUGCGUUCAGCUGUUACGAGUGGGCUAUAACAGAAACUGUGCACUUUUACCGAUUAAAUAACGAGGCGCGAAUUUGCACGUUUUAUUAUACAACGAAAUCAUUCAUUAUUUUAUCUGCAAAAUGUGUAUCAGUUCAUGAAGCACUAAACAGACGAAAUGCAAACAGUGUAAGAUUGUACGCGUGACUCCUGCAUACAGAAAGUCUUCUUUUAGAGUAACUCCAUAUUUAAUAACUCAAUGAUAGACAAUAUUUGGUAAUACUGGGCGUUGUUUUUUCUUUGGGUAACGUUUUGAUCAUAUCUAGACAAAAACUAGAAAUCUGCUUUCCUUUCAAAAAUAUAGAUAUGAUGGUUAUGGUAGCAUUUGGUAAAAUUUUAUUCAUUUUUUAAAUGUGUUUUCCUGCGGGAAGAACAUUUUCUUUUCGUUAUGGCACCAACAUGAACGUUGAAGUUAUAAUCCUACCACAGAUCAAGGUGCUAAUGGAUUAGGCACACCGUAACCGGCAAAAACAUGAUUGCUUAGAUUGUCAUUAUUUAAUGUAAAUGAGAGCGUUAAUUAAAAAUGUAAUUAAUAUUUUAAUUACCUUACACAUCGAAAAACACUAAACGUUCUUCCUUUAAAUCCUCUGUUUCAAUAGAGUUACGGUACUUUUUAGUAAUUUAUUGCUGUAAAUGUUGAACAGCGUUAAUAAGGCUUCAAUAUCGCUGUAAAUGUAGGAAGUCACGCCCAUCAGUUUUAUUUAUGUUUGCCAGAACAAUGAUGCUGUAAAUGAAACGCAUAGAAUAUUGUUUUGUUUCCGUCGUCAGGUUCUUAUUGCCAAAAUACAUUGGAUGAAAAUUAUCUGAAUUGUAAAUAUAAUCAAAGCUAUAGCGCGGCCAAUAUUGUAGGAAAAAUAUGAUAAGGUUAAGGUAGUGUAAAACUGUGCAUCGUGCAACGCAAAAUAUUGAAUAAAACUCACCGU